AUGACCCUCUCACAGAGUCCUCCUCAGCUCGACGAUAAUCUUUUGCUCGGCCUCGACUUGGAGACACAAUCCCCCGUCGACUGGGAGGUCUGGAACACCAUCCAACCGGUGUUGGACCAACGUUUCCGUACCGCUGUCAACUUCCCCGAUGCCGUCGACGAAUCCAGGGACGUCCGCCUGCAGCAGUCUGUGCUGCGGUAUCACCCGGGAAUCCAAGUCGACGGUUCGCCUUACCACCCACACAAUCCGUCUUCGCAGUUCUCAAGUUGCCAAACAUCGGCCUUGGAUGGCCUGCUUUUGAGCCCUCUCAUCAACACGACCGGUGCUUUCGUCAACGCCGGACCCCCAAACGACGGUCAGCUGUUACCCUUUCCCCCAAUCAUCGGCGUUCAGGGGGAGUCUAUGUACGCCGGGGAUAGCAUGGGGGCUUCGUUUACAUCGCUCUUCGACCCCGAGGAGCCUCCAUCGCUCUACCCCGGCGAUGUGUUCUCUCCCCCGAGCGCUGCGCCGGACGGUGUGGGGGAUGCUGCGGUUGCGUUCGUAGCGCCCCCCACCCCCGAGGCACGAGUUCCGUACCAACCUCUGUCGGAGGUUGUGGAACAUUCACCUUGUCCGUCGCUCUCGUCCCUCGUCUCCGACUGCGAGAGCUCCGAGAGUUCUCCCGGUCCGGCCACACCACCGUCCAUUGGGGAUCCACAGCACAACGGCAAGCAAUUCCAGUGUGAUAUUUGCCUAGAAUGGUUCUCGACGAAGUUCAAUCUCGGCCAGCACAAGAAAUCCGGCAAGCACGCCGACAUCAGGCCCUUCCCCUGCCCACGACCAGACUGCGGGCGCGCGUUCGCAAAGAAACACGACCUCACUCGGCACGUUGUCUCACACGAAGGGAUCUCCCUUCGCAGUGAGCAGAAGAAGGAGAAGGCACGCAAGGGUCGCGUGCAUCAGAAGUGCACCACUCCCAAAGCCCGGCACCCCACGCGAGCUGCCAGCCUCUAUGAAGAGAGCGCUGCCGGCUCGCCUUAG